GGGGACCAGGGUGGUGCUACUGUUCGGUUUGGGAUGCAAACCUGCCUUAAUUAUUUCCUUUUUGGAGGCAGGAAAGUACGGCAGAGCUGAAUCCAUGCGACAGGCGAAGUGAUACUCUCUGGCUCUUUGUCUCUCUCUUUCUCUCCUCAGGAUAUAAUAUCUGUCUGGUCCUUUGCCCUGCCCUGCCUGCCACAGUGUUUUCCUGAGAGGCGCUUUCACUGCAUUUCGGAUCCCAUCAGUUGGCAGCACCUCGAUUGCUUUGAAGCAUCCUUCAGUGAAAUAGAAUUUUUAAAAAGAAAGAAAUUUAUGAAGGAUGUGAGAUUUCAAGGGCCCUUUCUACAUUCCAAAGAUGCUAUUUUCAGCUAGACUGUUGCAUUUAUAAGAGCUGCAGUGCCAAAAAAUGAGCCGUAGAUAUUCAGAAAACAAUAACUUCCCAUACGACAAUAAUCAAAUGGUUUUGGAUAUGAUCCUCUGCUCUUUAUUCAGUGUCCCUCAGCCUAUCAAUUGGGACAACGUGGCAAGGCUGGUUCCAGGCUAUUCAUCUCGAGAGUGUGCAAAAAGGUUUGAUGAACUGAAAAGCAUUGGGAGUUCUCCAGUUGAUAACCAGUACAGUCCACUAAUGGCCAGUGGUGGGAGCCCUAUGGAAACACUGGCUGGUUAUAUCAAAUCAUCGCUUCUUGAUUCCCAGGAAGAGUUACAAGAACCUCCCAGUGAAAAAGAUGCAAUUUCUGUAAAUGGAAGGCCAAGUGUAGCUUCCUCAAGGAAUUGCUCUGCAGAAAGUGAGAAGGGCCCUGCACAUAAAGGUGGAGAAAAUGCUGAUGAAACACAAGGGCCAAAUAUGGUGAUCCAUGUGUGUGAUGAAGCAAAAAAUCUGAAAGAAGAUUUUGUUUGUCCGCGAGAUCUGUUGAUUUCUGAAAUGAAGUACUUUGCUGAAUAUCUGUCAGUGGAUGCCCAGCGCUGGGAAGAAGUGGACAUUUCAGUUCACUGUGACGUUCACAUCUUUAACUGGUUGAUAAGAUAUGUUAAAAGGAACACUAAGGAGUAUGAGGUGCAUGAAAUACCUGCCUUAGAACCAAGCAAUGUCAUUUCGAUUCUUAUUUCCUCUGAGUUUCUGAAGAUGGAUUCUUUAGUGGAGAAAUGUAUUCAUUAUUGCCACAAGAAUAUGAGUGCUAUCGUAGCCACGCCGUGCAAUAUGAACUGCAUCAAUUCUAAUCUCCUAACGCGCAUAGCGGAUCUUUUCACACAUAAUGAAAUAGAGGAGGUGAAGGACAAGAAAGAUAAAUUUAAGAGCAAACUUUUCUGUAAGAAGAUAGAGAGGUUGUUUGACCUAGAGUACCAGAACCCAGAUUCUCAGGGAAGCGCAGCAACACUGUACAGGUGCAGCUUAUGUAAGAAACUCUUAAUUAAGGACACUGAAAGAAGAAUCCCAUGCGUUCCUGGAAAGAUCAAUGUAGAUCAGCAUGGAAACAUUAUCUAUAUACACAUAAGAGAUAAAUCUUGGGAUGUACAUGAGUAUUUGCUGAGUCUUUUUGAAGAACUAAAAUCUUGGCGAGAUGUAUAUUGGCGCCUUUGGGGAACUAUCAAUUGGCUGAUCUGUUCAAGAUGUAAUCAAACUUUCCUGUGUACUGAAUUCUCCCAUUGCCAAUACCACCCUCAGCCAGUUGUCUACCCUGGUGUGGUAGGUGCUCUUGGUUCCAAUGGUACUGGAGUGUAUCCCUGCUGUAACCAGAAGGUUCUGAGAUUUGAUCCUGCUCCUCUUCCAAAAGGGUGUAAAGUAAGGGACCAUGUGAUUGGCUUGCCUGCUGGAGGAGAAGGUGUGGAUGCUGUUCCCUACCAGACUGCUAAAAUACUGAAUGAUCUGAUUCAGCACAGAAAUGUCAUUGUUGUGCCUUUUGAAAAAGACCAAAACAGUGAUUCUGGAAUUGGACUGAGUGACGAGAGGAGUAUUGAAUGUGAUGUGCUAUUGGAGCCAAAUGCACCAUGGGGCCCCAGAACAGGAGAAAUUAAUGCUUUCCUUUCUCUGAAAAACUGGACUCUCCAGCUGAAACAACAGUUGUUGCUUUCAGAAGAUGAUGAAUACACUACUGGCUCUGAGGUCACAGAGGAUGAAGUAGGUGAUGAGGAAGAAGUAUACAAGAAACCAGCAGGAAGAAAAGAGAGGUCAAAGAAAUCCCACAGACAUCCAAAGAAACAAGUGUCUUCACCCAGUGUUCAAAAGAAGGAAAAGAAUCUGGAGAAGCAGACUAAUUCCAGAGAUGCAUCUCCUUUUAUUGUGAGCAUGCAGCAGAAUAAGUGGGACGCUUCCAGAUCACUUAGAUUCAACCAGGAUGCUCAGAGAGAGGAAGAUCAGCGGAGGAUGGUUGAAAUAACCGGACACCUAAUAAAAAUGAGGCUAGGGGAGCUUGACCGGACAAAAUCAAAAGAGAACAAAGAAUCUGCAGCUGGAAUUUAUGCAAGACUUGAAGCUCAGAUCAGGGCAGCGGCACAGGUCAACACCCGCCAGAACGUCCCAGAAAAAAAUAUGAGGGUUAAAAGUCGCUUUGGCCAAGGCCGUCCCACGUAGAAACAAUUGCACACAAAGCCGUCAAACAGAAGCCAAAGCACUUUUCUGCCUCCUUGGACAGGACUGGACUCCAGAACCUGGGCAUGCCUCUUCCUAAAGCUUUCAAGUGACUGAAUGCCAUGUAAAUUAUUCUCUUUUUAAUGAGUUGUAAAUACGCCAUUUCUUAUAUUAAACCAAGUGCAUUCCCCCCUGCCCCCCACCAAGCAAUUGUGCACUUAUAAACCUACAAAAUGAAAUUAACAACCUCAUUUUGUUGAGGGUCGGAAAGAGUGGUGCUAACAAAUGGGGGUUAUUUCAUAUUCACGUGCUACUGAAAUUUUGGGAGUGAAUCAAGCCUUGGCCUUUUAUCGGCGUUCUGUCUGGAUACUGUGUGGCUCUCACUUUUUCUUGCAUUCCACUAGAAUGGCUGAGGCAAAUCUUGCUUGUGCUGACUUGGCUGUGAGGUGGCUCCAAAGAGGUUGACACCUCUUGUCUUUUUAAUGUAGCUUAAGUUUACACUGAAUAAAGAUGGCUAGCUGCUCCUUUCCCUCUGGCAGUAAGCUUCCUGGCAUCCAGGGAAGCUGGGCAUGUUGGGAGGUGGUUCACACCAAGGCUUCUUUAGUGUUGAAGAAAGAAGCCAUUCCUGGAAAAGGAAGAGCAAUUGAGAGAAUAUCAUGCUCUCUGCAAUCCGUAAUCCUUAGUGGGUACAGGUAACUCUUGCUGAGCCUGUGUCUUGUGUUUGGCUGCAGGGCAGUGCGGAUGGACAGAGUAGGGCCAAAUAUAUUUCAUGCUGUACCUCUGCUUGGGCCAUUUUCAGGAGUUGUGCCUAACCUCAUAGGUAGCCUACGUCUGAUAGAGAGCACACCCAAUAUUCUGAAGCAAAUACACUUGUGCACAUGUUGUGAUGGAUUGGGAAAAGGCUGCUUGCAGGCUGUUAGUUUCACCUGCUGUGGCCCCAGCUGAGUGGGCAGCAGUUCAUAUGCCAAAUAGUCAUGUGCCACUACUUUUUGUUGGCUGUAGAGUUGUUUUGCAUUCUGAGCAUGAUGCAUUCUUUAUACCAUUUUUAUUCCACUUUGUGCUCAUCCGAGAGGGUCCUUUAUCUGCAUUUUGGCACAAGGGAGCUUCCUUCUGUUCUUGCCUGUGUUGUACAUUUUGUAUGCAUACACCUCUUUAUACAAAUAUUUUUGCAGAGGCAUUUGUGCACAAAGGUCUUGCAUUGUCUGUUUCUGAACCUGCAUUGAUCAUUCUAGCUGAGUUAAAGAAAUGGAAUCCAUCUUGUAGCAAUUCUUGCAGAGAGUAGUGGGAAAUCCUUUGUUUUCAGUGACAAUUCCUUUUU